GGAAGAACUCCCCGCGACAUGUGAAACUGGGCAGUAAGACGACCUAUAUUGGGGUGGGAUUUGAUCUUCCCCAUCACAAGUCGUUCCAACCAUCCAUCCAUCCCUUGUUCCCUCAUCUGAGCCCGCUCACUCACUCUCUUUCCUCUCCCAUGACUGUGUAGAGAUCAACCCGAACCGGCGAUAUCGACCACCGGUAACCAUCAUUCGCCAUGUCGGCCCACGACGAUACUGAGCUCGACAAGUUUGAGCUGGGCACUGUUUCUGAGAGCUAUACUCAGAUCAAGCAACAGUUGCGCGACAUCAAAGAUGCCCUAUGCGAUCUCGCCUACGAAAUCCUCACCUCCAAGACCACCCAGAAGACGGUCAUCUACUCAAUUCUAGGCACCACCGCGUCCAUCAUCUUUUACGGCAUGGCCAUUAUCAUCUACAUCUCUUGGUACAACAGAUAUCUACCCGCCCAGGUCACCACCGUGCCUCUACAUCUUCAAUAUGGCUACGGCCCAAAUCCCUACGGCAUCUCCCCCCUAACCUCCUACAACAUCAAAACCAACCAACCCUACGACAUCACCGUCACCCUCAACCUUCCCCGCUCUCCCACCAACGUCUACCGCGAAACCGGCAACUUCAUGGUCGCCCUGCACCUCCUCAACGGCUCUCCCGAAAUCCAGCGCGUCAUCCAACCUCCCGUCCCGCCUCUCAACCCCGACAAUCCUCUCACCGGCAAACCCGGCGGGCCAGACAUUGCGUCCUUCAUCACGCCCAUCCCGCCCGCCGUGCCCGACCCCAUCUCCCAUCUGACGCGCAACAAGAUCCUGUUUAGUUCGACUCGCGCAGCCGUGAUCCCCUACAUUGACCCGCUGGUAGCCCAAGCGAAGCGCGUCAUGUUUCUGGGGUACCACGUCCUGUUUCCCGAGCACGCCGAGAUGGUUACCCUGCAAGUGCCGCUGGCGGAAAAGGUGCAGUUUCCUAGACGCAGCGGUAGGGCCGCGGCGAGGCUGGGGUUGGUGGGGGAUGGGUCGCCGACGAGUUUGCUGGUGGAGGUGCAGGCAGGACAAAAGUUGCAGGUGUAUGAUGCCAAAGUGACCAUGACGGCCAAGCUGGGCGGGCUGAGGUGGUUCAUGUACCAUCAUCGGAUUAUCAGCUUUGUAGUGGGGACGUGGGCGGUGUGGGUGGGGGAGAUGGUGUCGUUGGUGGUUGCGUGGGUGGUUGGGGGGUAUUUGUUGGGUCGGAUGCUGGAGGGCGGCAGCGGUGCGGUGGAAGAGGAAGGGGAGGAGGGCAAAAUGGGGAGGGAUACCAAGGGCAAGAGAAAGGCGAGACUACAUGAGGGCAGUGGAACGGGUGAUGGCUAUGAUCCGGAGCAUGAGACGAGUGAGAGUAGUAGCAUGUCGGACACGGAGCGGACGUUCCCUAGCAGGUUCGGGGCGCCGCCGCUCAAGUAUGAGCCUUGGAUUAAGCAGGAGCAGGCGGAGGAAGAGAAGGAAAAGAGUGGGGCGGUGACCAAGGAAGAGGAGGAUGAGGAAGAUGAUGAUUUGUAUGAUUUGCCGGUGCACUUGCCGAGCGUGAGGGAGGCUGGACACGAGUUUCUGGAUUCGGGGAUUGGGUCGAGUGGGUAUAGUGAUGUGUCGAGCACGACGGCGGUGGGCAGUGGCAGUAGCAGUGGAUUGACGGCUAGGAGGAGGAGAAAGGAGUAGGACUCGGACUAUGGUUCUCUGAUUCCUGUUGCUCGCAAGAAGGCACGCAAUUGU